UAUAUAUGUAAGAGAUGUGCUAUUACGUGUGCUCCAAGCGAAAGCCAAGUCAGCCCCACCCCCUACCUCACGCUCUCUCUCUCUCUCUCUCUCUCUCUCUCUCGUCCCAGAAACUUCUCCAAAGUGCAUGAAUUUCUGGCACAGAUGCUAGGCAGUUAAGCCCGAAAUACUGUCGUCAGGACGAAACCAAAAAAGGGAGGCUCUUUGGCGUUGGUUUAUGAUUGUGAAUAAUUUGGUAGAUAGAGUUGGGUUUAUUUUGGCUUUUUUGGAAUUGGUGCUUUUCAGCCUUAGAGGUGGGAGUGAAUGGGUGGUGAGGUGGGUUAGGGUUAUUGCGUGAGCUGUUGGUGGAUGAGUUAAUCAGAGAAAAAUGCGUAAGUCUUUCAAGGAUUCCCUUAAGGCCCUCGAAGCUGAUAUUCAGUUUGCCAAUACCCUAGCUUCUGAAUAUCCGAGGGAAUACGAUGGUGCCUGUCUUCAGAUGAGAUUAUCCUACUGUCCAGCUGCUCAUUUUUUACUCUUUCUUGUUCAGUGGACUGAUUGUCACCUUGCGGGUGCCUUGGGUUUGCUUAGAAUUCUCAUAUACAAAGCAUAUGAAGAUGGGAAGACCACCAUGUAUAUUCAUGAAAGGAAAGCCAGUCUAAAAGAUUUCUAUGGGGUAAUAUUUCCCUCUCUAUUGCAACUUCAAAGGGGAAUCACUGAUGUGGAAGAGAGGAAACAGAGAGAAAUCUGUGCCACCAAAUACAAGAGAAAAGAUGAAACGGACAAAGGAAAGCUCUCUGAAAUUGAUUUAGAGAGAGAAGAAGAAUGCAGUAUUUGCAUGGAGAUGAACAGCAAGGUCGUGCUGCCUAUUUGCAACCAUUCAAUGUGUAUGAAGUGCUACCGAGUUUGGUAUGCUAUUUGUCACAAUUUACUGGGUUUUAUUAUCAUUUAUGUUUUUCAAUCGUCUGCACUCUGUUACCCUAUGACAACAAUGAAAGAUCUUCUACUUAUCUAUGAGAUGGGAACAAAAAAAAAAAAAAAAAACCAGACAUUUCAUUCAGUUUUCUUAACAGGAGAAUGGGAAACAAACUUAAAACAAAUUAUUUGAGAAGUACUGGAUGCAAUUUUGUUAUUGCACCCCAACGUUUGAGACAUGUUGUCGAGAAAGUGAGCAUAUCAUCAUGUACUCACUGACAAGUAUAUCCACAGAAAGAAUUCAAGACCGUAAGCAUAUGGAAGCAAAACUCUACUAAUUCCAACUCCCCAAAGCCCAACCCGCUUCUUUAGUAAUGCUCUUACCAUAAUCUACUGACUGCAUUAUCUCCUUGAUGCCUCAGUCCGAUUCUAGUUCAGUGCUCCACUCUGUCAAUUAUUCAUUUUAGUAGCACUCCUGUAUGGGAAAACAGUGCUCAUAAGCAAGUUGUAGCUUCUGAAUUCAGAUUCUGUGCCCCUUUUGCGAGUCAUUAACUAAGUGUCUACUACCAAAUUCACCAUCUCACUCAUUUUUCAAUUGCAACUUGCCUCCGUGGAUUUACCAUGUGGUUUUGCAUCAUCGUUCAAGGGCUUUCUGUUGCAGAAUCUACUUCAUCAUGUACACUUUGGUGGGCUCUAUUAGUUGCUGUAUAUCAAACUUUUUAUCAGAUGCACCAUAUUUUGUCCAGUUUGAUGAUUGAACCUAUUCCAUUUGUGUUUAUGGGGGGGGAGGAUUGUUGUCCCUUCGAAGAGACCUCCCAGAAAUCAUGGUUCGCAUUUUUAGAAUCCGUUAAAUGCUUCUUCCCCUGAGAAACAUUAUGAUGUCAGCUCGAGGAACAGGUAAGUCUGAUCAUCAGCAACUAGGAUAGGCAUUUCAGAUGACGAAUAUUAGCAUAAGCUAUGAUGAAUUUAUCAAAAGACUGAUUUUUGCAUUAUGUCAGAUCGAUACAAUAGCAAUCACAACCAAAUUUCUUUAACAAAUUCUUCUUGAGCUGAUCAUGUUGUAUUGUUGUUUCAUGACUGCGAUAGGCGAGCACGAUCCGAGUCGUGCCCGUUUUGCCGGGAUAGUCUCAACAGACUCGACACAGAUGAUCUUUGGAUAUACAUCAGUGGCAAUGAAAUUGUUGACUUGUUCACUAUCUCCAGGGAGAACUUGAAGAGACUUUUUCUUUAC